AUGCUACUAUUAUCUUCUUUGCUACCGGAGCCUGUAAAUGGUGCUAGGAAUAAAAAUGUUACCACAACAAAGGAUAAGAAUUCGCUGAAUUCAAGGAAUGCAAGGAUUGUUAAGGAAUUGACAGAGAAGAAAGACGUUGACAAAACUGAUAAAAGCUUGAUCGAUGACUUAUUUGAUAUAAAUAUUAGGAAAGGUACGACCUUCAGCGAUUUUGUGCCUUUAAGGCAGAAUGAUUUUAGCGUGAGGGCACCAAUGCCAACUCAACAGGAGAUUAAUGAGACUUUUCUCCGUACCAAAGGUGUUUUUGAAAAGAUUUUGUCUGGCAAAACCCAAAAUAAAUCAUCUACUCCAUUAAGCUCUCAACAGGCUAAUCGACAAUCAUACGAAAUAAACUAUAAAUCAACAGCGGGAGAUAAAAAUGGAAAGGAUAGAAUUGUGAAGAUAGUUCAACAUGCUGCCGAUCCAUUACAGCCAAAUACAAUUAAGGCUAAGAAAGUUGUUGCUCCAGCAACAGAAGAUAAUCAAACUCCUAUUUUUCACAAAACUGAUGCUGGAAAUACUGAAAAGAAAGUUCUUACUAAAGAGGAAAGAGAUCAAUGGAAUAUACCUGCAGCUAUUUCUAGUUGGAAAAAUCCAAAUGGUUAUACCAUAGCAUUAGAUAAGAGGUUAAGGCUUGAUGCAAGAUAUAAUAAGGAUAAUACAGCACCUUAUGAAGUCAAUGAAAAGUUAACUGCACUUUCUACUGCAUUAGAGGAUGCCGACCGUAUUGCGAGAGAUGAAUUAAAACAGAAAGCUGAAUUAAAGAGAAAAGAAGCCGAAAAGGAAAUCAAGAGUAAGGAAGAGAAGCUGAAAUUAUUAUCAGCCAAAGCUAGAGAGCAUGCUAAUUUAACUAGGAACUCACGCUACGAAGGCAGUAGCAAUGAUUCAAAGGAGUUAGAAGCUGAAAGAGCAAGAACUCUUAUUAGGAAGGCUAAAACUCAAGAUAUAGAAAAGGAUAUACGAACCAGUAAAAUGAGUACUUCAGAAAAAUUGAGGAAAUUAGCAUAUUCACAGAAAAGAGAUAUCUCAGAAAAGGUUAUUCUUGAAGCAGCAAAAGCUACUAAAGUUGAGCAAGUUUCAUAUGACUCGAGACUUUUUUCUAAAGGUGCAAAUGCCCAUUCUAAAAGGUCUGAAGAUCAAGUAUAUGACAAUCCUCUAUUUGCAGAGCAAGAUAUUGGCAGUCUGUAUAGACCAAAUUUGAAUGAAUUAGAUAAACAAAUCCAGGAUGAAGAUAUGUUAAAUAGGAUAAAGUCGACUAAAACCUUCGACGCAGCCUCAACAAAUUCAGGUCCAAUCGAAUUUACUGAAGCUGAGAAUGCUGGUAAUAAGUCUAAGACAAAAGAUAAUUUUGGAAUACAGGAAAAGAGAAAAGAGUAG